GCGUAGCGCUCACAACCUCGUGGACACGUCACGAAAGCUGCAGCAGAAACUGGCGCUACGACUUUCCCUCCGCAGGAACGGAUACUGUGGCGCAAGAACGAUAGGAGAGCGACCGUAGCUAAACGAAGCACCGGUGAAGCGUGCUGAUAUUUUAGUGACGGUUUGUCGGACGUAUCUACACGGUGGGGGAGACUCCGAUAUCUGGGACAGUUUACGUGCACUGCAUCCGCUAGCUGUGUGUCUCUGCGGACAAUUGCAAGAUGGGAACUGGACUUGGCAAGGAAGACUUGCUAAAAUGGCAGGCGGCUGUGGAAGCGCACGCCGAGGGAGAUGCAGAGUUCGCGUACAACAACUUAUGUGAAAUGGACGAGCAGCCGGCUCCGAUUGUGUUCAAUUUAGCCAUGAUGCACUGCUCGGCCGGAAACUUCACCAUUGCUCACACUAUGUUGACAGAGGCGAUAGGCAAGAACAAGCAUUUCGUCAUCGCCCGGUUUCAGCGAGCCUGGGUGUCGCACAGGCUGGAAAAGAACGAGGAUGCCAUGCUUGACUACCAGGUUGCCAUAGAGAUGAUGCGCGACGCCGACUUCAUCAACUACCACACGCUGGGCCUGGAGUACGUGUUCUGCCGCUACCUGGCGCAGUUCAACCUGGCCGUCAUACGCCUGGUGCUGGGAUUGCGGGACAUGUCCGCCGAGGUCUACCACCAGGCCAUCGCCACCAAGGCAAGGAUGGAGGCGGACGCACACAUCAAGGACAUUGCCAAGGAGCAGCUCCAGGUGGGCGUUCCGGAUCUGGUGGACUACUCCGUGGAGCCGUGCAGAAUGAACCAUGAGCAUGGCGAAUGUCCACUGAUACGAUUACCGCCACAUCUCCUGUACAAGCCAGCUGGUCUGGGCAAAGACAUCCUCAAGACAGCUAUGGGGGAGAAGAAGGAUUACCUGAAGCAGAAACAAGCCAAGGUUCUGUUUUCCAACGAGGCCAGCGGACAUGCUUAUGAGCCGGGCUUCCGUGGAAGGCUGCAUGUCGAGGAGUUCAUGCCCAUGGCCAUCUCAACCAAACACAAGAAGAAGAACAAGAAGAAGCCAGGCAGCACACUGUCAGGACUCAUCAAGUCGGCCACUCCCAGAAUCAUGAUGGUCAAACCGGUGACAGCGGAUCCUCAUCCCCAGGGUCGAGCACAAUCUGAACCACACAUUCAGCCCUACAUCAAGCCCCGUGAACUGCCCAAAGAGCACAAAGACGUACGUGGGCGCAGCAAGUCCCUGUUUGUCGUCCCUAGUCAUGAAGAAGACGACGAAGACGACGACGAAGAGCAACCACGGGCUAAGGAUGACGGCGAUAUUCCAAACAUCGCCUUGGUGAAUGCAAUGGACGAAGAAGAAGACGAAGAUGAUGAGCAGGAGCAAGCACACGCCGGAGCAAACUGGAGCGAGCGGCAGAAGACGGAGGUCGACAAGGCAGCCUUUCUCCGUGUGAAGAAGACUUCGAUCGGCCAGGCAAAGUCUGUGGAGGUCCUCUACGCUCCACCCAACGGUGCGGCGGUGCCCGAGACCAGGAAGGUGCUCUCGGACAGCGAAACGGCGAGCUCGUCGCACGAUGACGAUGGCUACGAUAGCCGAGUGCAGAUCAACGUCACAACGCAGAUGACACCGACCACGCUACGCGACCUGGCAGACCUGCUGGAACACCUGCAGGUGACGGACAAACAACAGAAGUUCAUCGUCAACGUGCACAUGCACCAGAGUCCACCAACAGCCAUGUGAGCAGUUGAUACUUGGUGAUGUGCAAUUGUCGACUCAGUUCAUGAUCAACGUUCACAUUCACCAGAGUCCGCCAACGGCCAAGUGAACAGUUCCGGUUGUUGACGAUAUGUCGUGACGUGUAAUCGUUGACUCGUGUGAUUGCUGAUAUGGACUGGGAACAGGAGUGGUGCUGGAAUUCUCUCAGAAAGUCAGGUGAAAGAAGUUUGCACUAGAUAUUCUCUCAGUGUAGCCUGUUGUUCAAACCUAAACCUGGCUAUGUACCUACCCUCCGCUAUGGGUAUAUUCUUGCUCUAGCAACACACUACACACUAGUGAAGUGUUGUAUUUCAGGAGAUAGUGUGUGAGUGUGUGUGUGAGUGUGUGUGUGUGCGCGCGUGUGUGAGGGUGUGUGUGCAUGUGUGUGUGUUUGUGUGCAUCCGUGUGUAGGCACGUCUUCAUGUUGCGCACAUGUACACUCAUGAUAUCAUGUAUAUGCAGCUGGGUGUUUGUUCACCGUACCCGUCCUUGGUGUUGUUUGAACGUGGGCUCUUUUGAAACAUAUUUUCCUGAUUGAAUGUUUGUCCAUGUGUGAUGUCUGGUCACUAUGCUAAUGUUCCUUUAUGCCUUGCUACAACAUUGUUUGGGGAUUCUCUCAUCUUUGCUGUGUAUCUAUCAUGCAAUGUUGUAAGAACUCUGCUCUCGUCACAUUUUCUUAUCCAUUUCUUGACUAAAUGUAGCGACUUUCACAUGACUAGUUGUACACUGUGAUCGGUGAGAUAAAAUUAAUACUAUCUCCUUUCUUGUACGUUUGUUUCAUUACAUCGAAGUACAUUCCUCUCAGGGAUGUUCCGAACCAUUAUGCUCGUGAUGUGUAGUGUGUAAGCUGA